UGGAGGUCGGCAACGAGGUCGGGCCUCUGUAGGAAGGCCUGUGGGGAAGACAUGGAGAGAGACGAGGGUGACGGCUGGUCCCUCCCUGCCACCGCCAGCCCAGUGUGCUAACCCAGGACCUGGGCACCAUGCACAAGGGACUUUGGCUUCCUUCUAAUGUCUUCAGCCCCAGCAGAAACAUCCCUCGAGAGCCUGCAAGCCACACGCCCUUGUGCCCUUGCUGGUCCCAAUCUGAUCACAGCCCGAACCGAAGCUGAGAAGGGCUCGCACUACACAUAGCCAGCAGUGCCUGUGCACACAUGACCAGCCUUCCCUACCACGCUCCUUUUCCAGGACUUUCCUGGGUCCCUUUGCCUUCCAGCUCCAUGAUUUCCUUCUAACUGGACUGGUCCCUUCUUUGCCUACCAAGACCGGCUGGGGCAAGUACCUGAAUUCAGAAGACACUUCUGUGGUCCCUCAACUGUCUCCUUUCCAACCAUGGAACCCCAUCAAGCAGAGCAGCCGGCCUGUGAUGAGGCCCAGACAACAGCAGCAGUCACCCCCGAAAACCAGCAGGUCCUGUCGGGAUCCGAGGAACACGUCAAGGACAAGGAUGUCAAGGCGGCUGAGAGGGUGGCCAGAGAAGAGGAACCAGGAGACCAUACUUUGCCGUCUGCCCAAGCUGGGGAUAACCUCGAGUCCCCUCCACCUGAAGAUAGCUCAAGUCAUCUGGGGCCGGCCCACAGGCGCUCCCUCGAGAUAGAAACUAUAGGGGCAUGUUCUGGGCCCCAAGAGCUCCCCCCGUCCCCCAGGGCCAGACAGCCUGAGCUGGACUUCUAUUGUGUCAAGUGGAUCCCCUGGAAGGGCGAACAGACCCCUAUCAUCACCCAGAGCUCCAAUGGCCCUUGCCCCCUCCUGGCCAUCAUGAACAUCCUGUUUCUUCAGUGGAAGGUCAAGUUGCCCCCGCAGAAGGAAGUGAUCACAUCAGAGGAGCUCAUGGCCCACCUUGGAAACUGCCUCCUGUCCAUCAAACCCCAGGAGAAAUCUGAGGGACUUCAGCUUAAUUUUCAGCAGAAUGUGGAUGAUGCCAUGACCGUGCUGCCGCGACUGGCCACGGGCCUGGAUGUCAAUGUGCGGUUCACGGGCGUUUCUGACUUCGAGUAUACACCUGAGUGCAGUGUCUUUGACCUGCUGGGCAUACCUCUGUACCAUGGCUGGCUGGUGGAUCCACAGAGCCCUGAGGCUGUGAGAGCAGUUGGGAAACUGAGUUACAACCAGCUGGUAGACAAGAUUAUCACCUGCAAACACUCUAGCGAUACCAACCUGGUGACAGAAGGCCUGAUUGCAGAGCAGUUCUUGGAGGCCACAGCAGCCCAGCUGACCUACCACGGGCUGUGCGAGCUGACGGCAGCAGCCCAGGAGGGCGAGCUGAGCGUCUUUUUCCGGAACAACCACUUCAGCACCAUGACCAAGCACAAGAGUCACUUGUACCUACUGGUCACUGACCAGGGCUUUCUACAGGAAGAACAGGUGGUUUGGGAGAGCCUACACAACGUGGAUGGAGACAGCUGCUUUUGUGAUUCAGACUUCCACCUGACUCAUUCUCUGGGCAAGGCGUCGGAAGCAGGAGGUGGGAGUGGCUCCCCUGGAAAGCAGCUGCAGGUUGAUCAGGACUACCUCAUUGCCUUGUCCCUCCAGCAGCAACAGCAGCCACAAGGCACGCUGGGCCUCAGCGACCUGGAGCUGGCCCAGCAACUUCAGCAAGAGGAGUAUCAGCAACAGGGCAUUCAGGCCCCGCAAGCUCGGGCCCCCCUGCCACAGGGCCGGGGUGCCACAGCCGGUCGGCCAGCCAGGGAACGUCGGCAGAGGCCGAAGCACGAGUCGGACUGCGUGGUGCUGUAGCUCUGCCUCAGGCCCAGGGGGGCUGUCCCUCUCUGUCCUCUCAGAGGCGAGGGCUCCUUGGCUGACUCCACGGCCUCACUCCUUGAGAUAUACUACAGGGUAACUUCCUGAUGGAUUGUGGGGCUCAAGCGAGUAGAAACUGCCAAGGUUAGACUCGCCAACAUCCUGGCCCUCACAUGCUGCUGCCUUCUCCCUCCUGUGCAGGGCAACCCUGGGAUGGGGGUGGUGGGGAGAUUUCAGUUCCCAGCUACCCUCCCCAGAGACACUCCCAGGACUGUGCAGACUCAGGACCCCUGUCUGAAAUACAUCUCCCCUCCUUUCUGCCCUGACCCCUUGGGUGCUCCUGACCACUCAGGAGACCACUGUCUGUGGGCUCGCUUUGGGUUUCUAGGUCCGUUGUUUGUAAUGCUUUCCUAGGUGUUCGGAAAUAAAACUUGUUUGCUGA